AUGAAGCUAAUCGUUCCAAUUUUAAUUUUGUUUCUCGUUCAAGCCGAUGCUUCAAAACCCAACCAUAAUCUUCGAAAAGACACAGAACCGCGAAGAAGACAUCUGAUAUCGUUCAGUGCCUUCGAUCAACUGCUCGCAGAAGGUGGUGCUGAAAUCGCCAGUGAUGGUUCGUCUCCAACUCUGGCACCCGUGACGUCGUCGGCUUCCAAUAUGGAAGCACGAACUACGUUGACUCCCACAGUUUCACCAACCAAGAUAACUACGUUGACUCUCACAGUUUCACCCACCGACAAGCCAACAACUGAUGCACCCCCAACCUCUUCUCCGACUGACCGCCCGACAACCGAUGAACCGUCAACGUCGUCUCCAAGCACCUCUGCUCCCACAACGUCCAAACCAACAGAUUCUCCCCCAGUAGCCACUUCGGCCACUCCGACCUCUCCUCUCACAACGUCAGAACCUACAAAGAAUCCAACCACACUUCCAGCGACGUCCAUUCCAACAACAGCGGCAACACCUAUACCUACUACAGCUACAGCUACAGCUACUCCUACUGCAACUGCAACUGCAACUGCGACACCUUCAUAUUUUGUCCAAGACAGAGUUGCAUCCACCAGAACAUCCUCCAUUUCCUUGGAAGUGAAGGGAGAGGCAGCUCCGAACCAGGAUACCCUUGAUUCCAUAUGCAGCGCCACGCAAACCUAUGUCAAUACAGUCACCAAACGUAGUUUUGGUAAGAGUACUGUGACCACUUUGGAUUGCAAUGUGUCCAUGGGACAAGUUCAUGCCACUGCCGUAACGAAAUUCCCCGAUGAUGGACAAGCUCCCGAUGCCAUUACCUAUGACGACUACAUUCAAGUCGUCAUGAUAUCGGACGAAACCAUCUCGACGCUUCCCUCAAAGAUUUCCGAAGCAACCUCAUCCUUGGGUAUGAGCCAAGAAGUCAAGGCAGCAGUAGACACCUCAGUCCAUCCACCAGUGCUCCAACUUUCUUUUGAAGAAUUGCAUGACUCAGCUGUUACUAUGCGACCGACAUUUACCGUUGGGGGCGCAAUCAUUGUUGCGUUCUUCACUGUUUUGUUGGCAUAA